AAAAGCAAAGAAACUUAAGUGAAAAUGAUUAAGAGUGAGGAGGUGUCGGAUCGGUCGCUUAUGUCCAUGGAACAGUUGGGUUACUACCAUGAUCCUCGUGCCCACCCGCCAUUCAGUCAUCCCCACAGCCACACCCACACCCACCCGCACAGUCAGCCACAUACUGGGCAUUUAUAUCGAUCGGGAAAUCUGUUACCUGGUAGUGGCAAUUACCAGACAAUGGGUGGCGGAGAAUCACCCACGGAGAUGGUUGAUCAGAAACCAAAUAUCGGGUAUAUGGAACUUAAGCAUUAUAUGGAGUCUACGCCCACUGCCACGCCCGUUUCGACAGCCCAGCAUUAUAGUCUGAGUGCCUUGCACAGCAUGGGUACACCGCCGGCAUCCUCAAGUCCAAUACCACCAUAUGGCGUCCUAAUGACAGCCCAUUCGACGGGUUCAGCCUCACCGCAGUCUAAUUCAAAGACGCCCACGGACUUGCCACAGGAUCUGCAGUACGUGAGCUCCACACCGAAGGUGCAGACGUUGCAGGUGCAACUGCAACCGAUGAACCAUCAGUAUGCCUCCACCAUUAAGUACUGUUCGAAUAACACCAUACUCAGUGCGAAUGACUACCAACUGCUGACCAGUCACGACGUGGAGCAACAGGCACCACAGCAAGUCCAACCCCAGCAGAUCCAGCACUCACCAGGUAGUGCCUACCUGCCGCGGAUCUCCACAUCUCCAUCACAGGUUAUUAGCAAUGCCCAUGGAAUGCCUGUUCUAAACUACUCCAGUUCGAGUUCCUCCCCUGCUAAAUCUUUGAAUGGAUCGGAUUCCUCUCCGCCUAGUCAAAAUAGCCAGGUGAUCAAGGUAGCUGGUGGGGGAGCUGGUGGAGGUGUCUCCAGUAACCAGGAUACACCCAGCACUCCUGAUACUGCUAAGAAGUCCGGCACCCGGCGGCCAGAGAAACCUGCCCUUAGCUAUAUCAAUAUGAUCGGACAUGCCAUCAAGGAAUCGCCCACCGGAAAACUAACGCUCUCGGAGAUCUAUGCUUACUUGCAGAAGAGCUAUGAGUUCUUCCGAGGACCUUAUGUGGGCUGGAAAAACUCAGUGCGUCACAAUCUCAGCCUAAACGAGUGCUUUAAAAAGCUGCCCAAAGGCAUGGGCGUGGGCAAGCCGGGCAAGGGUAACUACUGGACCAUCGAUGAGAACUCAGCACAUCUCUUCGAAGACGAAGGCAGCCUGAGACGUCGACCAAGGGGUUAUCGCUCCAAGAUCAAGGUCAAGCCGUAUGCAGGUCAUGCCAAUGGUUACUACACAGGCAGUUAUGGGGAUGCGGGAAUGGACAAUGCCAACUUCUACGCUUCGCCCGCCUUUGCCAGCUACGAUUACAGUUCAGCUGGAGCUAAUGGAGUCUCACCGGCUGGUGGUCAAGGAUUUGGGGAUCCCUGGAAUGCCCAUGCCGCUCACAGCGGUGCCUCUACGGUGGGCAUGGGAGUGGGUCCACUGCCUCAGUACUCGAAUAUAUCCUGCCUGGCAGCUGGAGGAAAUCUCAAUGGAUCCGCCUCAACGCCCCCACUGGCCCACUCUGCCCUGGGAAUGGCCCCAUCGGCGCCUCCUUCAAGUUCGCCUUUGGGUUCGACGGCGGCGGCGCUUCAAAGUGAUUAUGGACCAACCGCCAGUCUCGUGGCCGCGGGCUAUUCCUAUGCAACAAGUGCCAGCAGCCUGGACAACGGUCUCCGCUCGAUUUCGCUGCAGCAAUUGCCGGGAUUAUCCAGCAUCCAACAGGCCCAGGCUCAGGCUCAGGCCCAGGCUCAGGCGCAUCAUCACCAUCAUCAUCAUCAGCAUCAUGGUGGAUCUAUACAUCAGAACCAUGCAUCCAUGACACCGCCGCCAUCGCAAUCCGGUGGCAACCAUGUGAUCGACCAUUCGCCCAUUGAUCGCAAACCGGUUUACCUGCCGCCCAUCACCCCGCCCCCCACUUCGGUGGCACUGAACGGAGGCGGUGGCUAUUACGAGGGACUCAAGUACUCCAAUUAGCCAGGCAACUGGGCAUUUAUCAUUAUUACCUCAAAGGAUACAAUAAUAAUCACGUUUAAUUAGGCUCUAAGUGGGGGCAGACAAAGUGUAGUUGCAUAGUGCUUAGAUGAGAAAUUAUAUAUAUUAAUAAAUCAU